AUGCUGCAUGUUAUCUCUCAAGAGGCAUCGCCAACAAAACUGCGUAGUAGUCGAACUGCUGAAACAAGUCAGCUGCCAUUUAAUGAAUCUCCAUACUGGGAAUAUAUUCUCCGCGAGUUCGUAUUCAAGACAAUAUCUUCACUACCACAAUCUAACAGUAUUCUGUACAAGAAGCUGUUUGAAGCUCCAUUUUACGGUGGACCCCUAGUAACAUUAUCUAAUGAAGACAAUGCAUUACUAUCUAGUGGAGAUGUUUAUCAUCUUCCGGAUGGCCAGUGGAUUUUGUGCCAAGACGGAUGUCUAAAUUGUAAGCUUUGUUUAAACCAAAAAGACUCACUGGUAAAAUGGACCCUAAAAAAAGUCAAACGCAAUAAUACAUCAUCUGAUUUGUACGGAUUUGAUCUUCUAUUAACUGUCGUACCACAAAGAGGUAGUACUACUUUUUUAAACUUUGGCUUUGAAAAUAUUAACAUUCCUUAUGAUAUAAAAUCAUCAAAUUUAGAGCUGACAGUUACAGAAGAAACUCAUAUUGACCGAACAAGAUUUAGUCGAUCUUGGCGUAGGAUGCAAAGAGAUCAAAUUGGACAAAAUGAUAAGCUCAAUACAAAUAUCAAUGAAACAGAAGAAUUGGUACCAGUCGAUAAUUCAACAAAAACUUCUUCUCCAAACUCAAAAGAUGACAUUAAAAAUUUAACUGAUACUUCACCAACUCAUCAGCUAAUUUUAGGUACUGAUCAAUUAGGUAAUAAACAUGUGAUUCAUAUCUUAUCAAUGAACUCAUCAGAAAAAUCAAAUAUUUACAAUGACAUCGACUACCAAUUUAUUAAUAAUGCAGUAAAACUUAGUCAAUCACAUUUAACUGUUCACCAACCCCCAUCACCCUAUCGACAAUACGUUAAAAAAGUACUAGAUUCUAUUUAUAGUCAUCGACCUAUUGUCGAAAAAUUUUUAUCUUAUAAUCAAUUAAAUCAAGAUAAACGUCCUAUAAUAUUGUUUCCAAUUUAUUCCGAAUUAAUGGCCAAUGACACAAAUGAUUUCAAAUAA